AUGCCGAGAGCAGGUGCGUCUCGGCCGCAUCUCUCGAGCCAGUCUGAUGAAGAGGCAAACGGACCGGAGGUUGUUGUCCGUCCAUCUCCUGCUAGACCAAGGCGAUCGAAGAAUGAUACGCUAAAAAUCAGGCCAAGGUCUUUCAUGGACGUCGACGAAGACCCUCUUCCUCGUUUUAUUUGGGAGGCUUUCAAAAAGAUAGAAGAUCCUAAUACCCAGAGCGAUACUCAGCGAGACAUUCUUGUAAAUAAAUACAAAAGCAUCAGCCUCGCGAAUCGCCAGAAGUUCAUCGAAUGCGUGCUGCACAAUCUCAAAAUCGUCCUCGCGUUUUUGAGCGAGAACGAAAAAGGAAAUAAAAAGGAAUCGGAUUAUUACACAAACUAG